UCAAGCUGGGACCCACGCCAAGCUGAAGUGAGGAAACGCAAGGCAGCAAACGCAAGUGAAACAAAUACGCACCGUUUCAUUUAUUCCCAAAUGCGUGUCACUGUUCAUGGACCGUUUUACUGCUGUACGCACCGUUUCACUAAGCUGUAUGCAUUUCAUUAGCAAGACCUGAAACAAAAAUAGACGCAUAAAAGACUUCCUGCUCGUCCUGUUCAUGGCUUUGGGAGUGUGCUAAAACGGUGCGCUCAUUGCAAACCAGGCUUGGAGUAUCAGAUCAAAACGGUGCGCAAUUAAUCCAAACGGCUAUUUCCAUUCUCAACUACCAGUGGCAGAAUCCAAUCAAUCCCCUUCAAUGCUCUGUCCGAAGCCUCUUCAAUGUCUUUCACCCACCCACCAACCACAAAGCUAUCAAAACUCUUCACACCAGUUUUUGUUUGCAAACCCAGUACGCAGAACCAAAAAAAAAGCUCACCUCUGUUCAACAAACGCUCGAGCUCAGCUUCUCUUCGCUUGGGUCAUCGUUGCCGCCGCUGUGGAACAAUUCAUUCACGGUAUAGACGGAAGUUGUAGGGAAAAUGGUUAAGCAGAAGAAAUCUGUGGAGGGUGGUAGUAAUGAUGAAAGAGCUGACUGGAAAGACCUUAAGGAACUAGAAGCUUUUUGUCGGUUCUGUGCUGUUCAAGUCAUGGAGGGCCAGAGGAAUGCCACUGGAUUUUUGUCCAAAAUUGGGGUUAAUGAAGUGAUUCGGCAGUUGGGUGAGAUGGGAAAAGUGGUGACUUCUUUGCAAAUAAAAAAAAAAUGGGAUCAUUUAAGAAAAAGGUGGAAGAUUUAUAACAAGUGUUUGGAUAAGGAGACUGGGUUGGGAUAUGAUCCUGGAACUGGGAGGUUUGACACAACGGAUGAGUGGUGGAACCGAAAAAUUGCGGCAUGUCCCGAUGCAAAAACGUUUAAAACGAAGGGUUUGCCGAAUCGUGACCUCAUGAACAUCAUGUUUGGAGGCACAGUUGCAACGGGGAAAAAGUCAUUUUGUACGAGUGGUCCAAUACCAACGGAUACCACCGAAGGGUCUGGGGACUCCGAUGAUAACGUAGAAUUUAUUGACCCCCAAUGUGAACCCGUUGUGAAUGUUGACGCAAUGGAGGUUGAAGGUCCAUCAUCGUCGAGGGCAGGACCGGCAGUGAAUAAGGGGAAAGGCUUGGCAACCAGUGUCCACAUCUUCAAACCAAUUUCCAAGAAACCAAAAAAGAAGCGUUCAACUGCGCAAGAGAUGUCUGACUCUUUGAAGAGCAUCUCAAAUGUCAUUGUUGAAAGAUCUAGUCUAAGUGCCUGUACACCAUCUGCUCCUACAGCAACUGCUCAGGUUAAAGCAAUUCUGGACAUGGUGUUGAGUCUUCCCGGGGUGUACUUGGGUCAUUACCUUUAUAUGUUCAGCACCAUCUAUUUCAUGGAAAAAGAGCCGGGUAGGCAUAUGUUUGAAGCACUUUCCGAUAACAAGGAGCUCCAGCUGAAGUGGCUAGAAAAAGAGUACCAAAGGCACCCUGAUUAUCAUUUUGAGUGAAGGAACAAUGGAUUGGCUUGAUAGGGUUGUGUAAGCUUGGUGUAAUAAUCAAACUUGAAGUGUUCUACUUGUUGCACUAUUAUGUUUCUUUUUUUUUUUUUUCUUUUUUUUUGGUAGAAACUAAUGCUUGUUAUGGGUGUGUAUGUAAGACAAUGCUCAUCAUUCCUAUAUGUUUGAGCUAUAUUUAUAUAUGUUUGUCCAAUGCUUCUUUUUAUCUGACUUUUUUGUAUUUUUUAUGGUUAUGCACUGUUAUGAUGGUUGUUUAUCUAAUUUUGUAAUAUUUUUUUUA